UUCUCUUUUAAAGUGGAAACCACUAGGAUUCCAUUAGAGCUUCUUUACUACAUCCACUCCACUUUUUAAAUUAGUGCAGAUUCCACUCUCGCGUAAACAAUAACACACCAACCCCAUAUCUUAUCCUCCAAUUAUUAUUCAUUCAUUCAUUCUCAUUACAAAACAAUACUGUGUGAGUGAGUGAAUAGAUAGUGGAGAACACUAAUGGAUGAUUCCAAUUACCUGUUUCCUAUCGGUAUGCGUAUUCUUGCAGUUGACCAUGAUCCCACUUGCCUUCAAGUUUUAGAAAAUCUUCUCCAAACAUAUCAAUACCAUGUAACCACGACUAAUGAAGGAAUAACAGCAUUGGCUAUGUUGCAAGAAAACAAAGACAACUUUGAUCUGGUAAUCAUUGAUGUGCACAUACCAGACAUGGAUGGAUUUAAGCUCCUUGAACUAGUGGGAGUUGAGAUGAACCUUCCUGUCAUAAUGUUGUCUGCAUGUCAUGAUACGAAGCUGGUGAUGAAGGGAAUUUCCCACGGUGCCUGUGAUUAUCUACUGAAACCUGUGAGAUUAGAGGAGUUAAAGAACCUUUGGCAGCAUGUAAUUAGGAGGAAGAACCCCCGAGGAGUUGUUUGGUCUGUCGAAUUGCACCGCAAGUUUGUCGCUGCUGUUAAUCACCUAGCCAUUGACAAGGCGGUACCAAAAAAAGUUCUCAAUACCAUGAAUGUCGAAAAUAUUACAAGGGAGGACGUAGCCAGCCAUCUCCAGAAGUAUAGGCUUUAUCUGAAAAGAAUUAGCUGUAUUGCAAACCUGUAGUAUAGUGCCAGCCUUCGAUGCAAAUGAAGCAUGAUGGAUUGGUUGAGUUUUCUAAUAAUCUUGGUUCAGUGGAAUACUUGGCGGGUUCAAUGAUGGAACAGCUAAUAACAUUUGUGGAAAUUAAUGUGUGUUUUUCCAUAGAUGAUGAUUAUGUAGGAUGUGUGGAUGUGGUGCAUGUAUUUGGUUUCCUUAUUUGUUGUAAUACUCUGGUCAAGUGCGAGUUAGUGUGUGUUUUACUAUUUGGACCUUAUUUAUAAGAAGAAGAAAAUAUUUCAUGUUUAUGAAAAAUGAUAUUUAAGUA